AUGGAGAAAGAUCGGCCGCAGCUCGGUAAGAUAUUUCUGUUUUUUUAUGAUUUUCGUCUAUGAAGAUUUUAGCUCUUUUUUGUAAAAUUUUAUUCUUCAACUUCUGGGAUUACUUUUAAAAGCAUUUUUUACUGACUCCGCUAAAAGAAAAUAGUUAUGACUCGCCAUGGAAAGAAUUCCACGGCUUCAGCUGUUUAUAGUUAUUCAGAGAGGAAGAAAGAUUCUAGACAGUCAGGGUAUGGGACGUUGAAGGAAAGAUUGGGUGCAGAUUCUGUUAAGCCUUUUGAUUGUUGCUGCCUAACGCUUCAACCAUGCAAGUAAGUAUGAUUUGACUGUCUUUUUAUUGCUUAGGAAUCCAAUGGUCACCCCUGACGGUUACAUCUUCGAGAAAGAGGCGAUAUUACAAUACAUUGUUGAUCAGAAAAAGGAGCUAAAACGGCAAAACGAUGCUUUUGAAAAGUUUGUCAAGAUGGAAGAGGAAAGGAAAGAAAAGGUAAGAAAAAUUGCUCGUACCGUUAUAUGUCUGUUUUGCAUCUCACAUUCAUAUUUCAUUUUUUAGGCCGAACAAGAGACAGAAGAAGAGCGGAAGCGCAAAUUUGUAGCCAUGGAAUCAACGCCAACCCAUGUAUUUGCUUACGGUGAAAGUGUGAGCAAGAAAAGAAAGUCAACUAACGCAAAUGCUGGGCCAAGUAAUAAAAAGGAUAAGUACGAUGAAGAAAGCUUGUCAAAUAUGGCUGGAGACAAGGCCAAAAAGUGGAACAGUUUUUGGGUACCUGAAUUGCAAUCAACUGCAGAAGUCAGCAAAAUGGAAAAACCGGUAAUGAUUUUGAUUUUUGUUUCAUAUUAGCCCUUCCUUAAUAAGAGACUUUCAUUUCUUUAUAGCCUCAAAAAGUGACAAAUCCGGUGACUGGUAAACCAUUGAAGUUUAAGGAUAUGAUGCCGGUUAUAUUCACGCCGAUCGAUGAGGAUGCCGCUAAAACAAAUCUGAUUUAUUCGAUGAAAGAGCGAUACAAAUGCCCGGUCACGGGAGAUAUCUUGACAAAUAGUAGUCGAUGCGCUUAUAUUAAGACUAGGUAAGAGUGCGGGAUCCUUGAUGGCUUUUGCAAAUAUUUUGUAGUCAGAAGAUUGUGUCCUGGAAUUGUGUGGAAAAGAUAAUCAAGAAAGACAUGAUAGAUCCUCUGACGAACAAGAAACUCACAGACUCAGAUGUGAUAGAACUCCAAAGAGGAGGUACUGGCUUCUCCUCGACCAAUCAGACUGAAGGAAAAUUGGCCCGGCCACAGAUGGAGUUGGCCUAA